GAGACACUGUGAAUGAUUUGAGAGCAAUACUAAGAUGUUACAGAGGAGGUUUUGAAUUCAAAAAAGAAGGAUCUCAGCAGAGAAAAGCUGCCCAGAAAUGUUUAUUAUUUUUAAAGGGGAUCGUGCUCACUUUACCAGCAAUGGCAGCAGCCAUGCCUAAUCUUGCUCCGGGAAGUAUUUGUGUUAUCGCUUGUACUGUUAGAUUGGAGAGAGCAAAACUUAGUUGCCUAUACAGCAAAGUGAAGAUUCUAGGCACAUUGUUGUGUGUGGUAAGCGCUUUCACAAUGAGCAUAAUGCAAAGCACCACUUCCGCCCCAGCAACAGAGAUUCAAUAUCAAGCUCAUUCUCCUGAUGUAAUCUUCGAUAAGCAAAAGAUUAUCAGUUGCUUGUAUCUCCUUGCUGCGGUGUUUGUUUUGUUCAGCAAUGUUGUCUUGCAGGUUGUUGAAAUUGUUGAUCGAUAUGAAGCUGAUUGCAUACCAGCGUCCUCUAGAAGUGUUAAGGUCAUAUACAUCCAGACCUCAGGAAAUAAAACAUGCAACAGAACUCUGAUGGAAUCCAUGGUCAACAUUGAUCUACCAAUGACAUGAAUAGCAGGUAGCUCGUGAUUGAAGGAGAAGAUGGAUAGUGUCGCUGCUAGUAUAGGAACAUUUCAACUUCCAAGUAGUUUAACGUACAUCAACUUCUAGAUAGUUUUAUGUAUGCAGAAUAUUUUGUAUUCAACUAGGAGUAUUGUUGAUCAGAAGGGAGUGCUUUGGAUCCACAUGAAAUGAUUUCAUAUUUGAAUUAUUUUUUUUUUUAAUUUGAAAUUUCUGAAGUCACCAUUGUCAACAAUGG